CAGCACCGUGAGAUCUAAACGACGACGAGCUUCGGAUCUCCGGGUAAGAUCUUCGUGUUCCUAAAUCCUGCUUUUUCUUUUCCUGCACUUUCUCGGCACAAGGACGCCAAUUGAAGGGGCGAUUCUGUGAUUCAUUUCAAUAGAAUUCAUAUCCUGAUUAGGAUCUGGUAUAAUCGGCAUGGGUUUCUUGAUAACAACGCUAAUUUUCGUUGUGAUUGGGAUAAUUGCGGCCCUUUGUACCAGAAUUUGCUGCAAUAGAGGACCUUCUACUAAUUUGUUUCACCUUACUUUGGUUAUCACUGCAACAGUAUGUUGCUGGAUGAUGUGGGCGAUUGUAUAUUUGGCACAGAUGAAACCACUCAUAGUACCAGUGCUGAAUGAGGGCGAAUAAAUUUCUGCACGUAAGGUAUUUAUUUACGAAUUAGAAAAUGUGGUUCACAGAUUAGCUCCUGGAGAGAACAUGUUCUCGUUAUUGUGAAUUAUCAGUGUCUUCCAAGGUUGGGUUCAUAUGUAUUUCUUGCCGGACAGUGAAGUUUCAAUAUGCAUUAUUGCCUCAUUAGUUCCUCUCU